UCUCUCUCUCUCUCUCUCUCUUUUUCCCUCUUCUCUCGGUGUUCUAUAUCUGCGAAGAGCAGUUGGUGAAAGAGAGAUUUGACUCUUGACAAGUCUUUUACUACUUUGAGGUCGGGCUGUCAAAACUUUGACAGCCCGAGUUACAAGAACCUUCCAGAUUUGGAUUUUAGAUUGUGGCCGUCAUGGGUUCUCUUUCUGGCAUUAUUCAACGCCCACUUGUCGCUGCUGCUGCUGUUAUCGCCGCUUCUGUCUCCGCGGAUGUCUCUGAGAAGUUCUCUUCUCUCAGAUCACUAGUACCAGGUUCUGAAUCACAGAAGAUCGCUGCUUCAGUUCAAAGGUCCUUGUGGGUUUCUCAAAUCUCGGACUCCAAGCUCAAAGAUCUGUCUUUUGUCUCGAGGAUCCCUCUUCCUGUACCAAAUGUUGAUUUCCUCCUACCUCCUAAUCCGAGCUGUAAGCUCUCUCCUUCCGUUACUUCUUUGUCCGCUCUACGUACCGCUUAUCAGUCUGCAGAGUUGGCUAAGGCUUGUGCAAAACCAGCGGCAUUCACAAUCGGAGCCUCGCUUGUGGUUCCUGACGUUUCCUACAAAUGGCAUUUGCCUGAGACUAGUGCAGUUGAUCUGUCUGGUUCCUCGAGUUGUGCCUCGGAGAAGAAUAGGACCGUUGUGGUUUUGCUUGGAUGGCUUGGGUCGAAGCAGAAGCAUCUGAAGAAGUAUGCAGAUUGGUAUACUUCGAGAGGUUACCAUGUCAUCACGUUUACUCUCCCCAUGAACGAGAUUAUGAGCUAUCAAGUUGGAGGAAAAGCUGAGAAGAACGUCGAGUCGCUCGUUAACCACUUGGCUGAUUGGUUGGAUGAAGAGCAGCAACAGAAAAAUCUCGUCUUUCACACCUUCAGCAACACAGGAUGGUUAACCUAUGGAGCAAUUUUGGAGAAGUUUCAGAAGCAAGAUUCUUCUUUGAUGGGAAGUGUUAAAGGUUGCAUAGUGGACUCAGCUCCUGUCGCCGCUGCUGAUCCUACGGUAUGGGCAUCAGGUUUCUCAGCUGCGUUUUUAAAGAAAAACAGUGUAGCCACUAAAGGAUCAGCAAGCUCAUCAGAGCCUAAACCCGCUGCAACAGAAACAGCUUUGCUUUUGGUUCUUGAGAAGUUCUUCGGAGUGAUUCUUAACCUUCCCAAAGUAAAAAGGAGACUGGCAGAUGUUGUAGACACUUUAUCUUCAUCACAACCAAGAUGUCCGCAGCUAUACAUAUACAGCUCUGCAGAUAGAGUAAUACCGGCGGGGCAAGUAGAAUCAUUCAUAGUAGAGCAGAGGAAAGCAGGACAGGAGGUGCGUGCCUGCAACUUCAUAUCUUCACCUCAUGUAGACCAUUUCAGGAGUAACCCGGAACUCUAUACAUCCGAGCUCAACCAGUUCAUGGACAACUUUGUCCUUUCUUCCUGCAACAACCAUUCUUCAUAGCGGCUUCCACAAGUGUUGUUGCUGCUGCUUAACUUAUAUUGGAUCAUUUUUAACUCCAUACAGAGAAAAAAAGACUGCUCGGAUGAUUCUUUUGGUUUUGGAAUAUGGUGUAUAGAUUGAAUUAUUACAGUUAACAGAUUGUUUCUUCCCUUGUAAAAAUGGUUGAGGUUUGUACAUUUAGGAGAAUGAAGAGAUUCAAGAAAAAGUAUUUUGCUCUUUUCGUAAUCUAUUCUAUUAAUUCUUCAACAUGACC